AUGGCCCUGAGACUGUCAUCUACAUCUGCGAGCAACAACCGUGCCCAAAUCGGACACCUCGAUCGAUCGAACAAGAUUACCCGCGCUACAAAGCGAUCCGAAGGGCGCAACACCCGCUCGGUCCUCGAAGCACCCUCGCAUCUCGAUCUGCCUCGCGGCACUCUCGCCCUGUCUCCCCUAGCUCCCGCCUUCCCCAAACUGUCGCUGGUCCAAGUCAAGCACGAGGAGAUCUCCCUCCAGACCCUGCACCAGAGCCUGAGCCUGAAGAGAGUGCGAGUGAAGAAGGAGUCUCGGAGCCUGAGCCCGCGGAUUCUGCUCGGCCCGCCUCGCCGACAGCGCUCGCCUCCACGUCAGCAGUCCCUGACAUACGUGACCCCGCCUCCGAACUUCCUCCGGCGCCUUCACCGCCGUCUCCGCCGAGAGGCCGCUCGUGCACUCGCUCCCCUCGAACUGCCUCCGCCCCCGCACCGUCCUCCGUCCCCCCCGGCGCCGAUAAUGUCUUCUCCCACGAACGCCCCUGACAAGGAGACCCUGAAGCUUCUCCUCCCCCUCCGAUAUGAUGGGAAAACCGUCAUCGAGUGCGACAGGUUCCUGGCGCAGCUCCGCAUCUAUUGGUUAGUCAACACGUUGUUGACAACCAUCGAGCUCAAAGUACAGGUUGCGAUGAGCUUACUCAACGGCGACGCCCGCGCCUGGGCUACUCCCUACUUUUCCCAGCUCGCAUCGGUACAAAUGGGGAUACAAGGGGCCACGACCCCCUUCAGGAACGAAGCGGCCUUUACUGCUGCCUUCAAAGCCCGCUUCGGCAAUCUCGACGACGAGGCAGCAGCACAAGUGGAGCUAGCAAAGCUCUGCGUGGACAAGUCGGUCCGUGAAAAACGCACCGCUGCGGAAUUCUCCGCGCUGUUCAAGGGUCCGGCGGAUUGCUCUGGGUAUGGGGACCUGGAGCUACGCAACAAGUACCUAAGCGGCAUCCCCUCCCACGUCUACCGCAAGAUCGAGCUCGAGACCUUCACCACGUGGCAAGAAGCUGAGAAGCGCGCCACUGAGGUCGAGCAGAUCCUCGACAUCAGCCGGGCCCGGCGGCCCGAGUUAAACAACUUUUUCUCGGCUUGA